AUGGCAGGAUCUGAUUCGAGUGUUCGUGAUGGUCAUCAUGGUGAGCAAGAACCUCCUGUUGCACGGGCUGAGCUACAUCAACUACAAAACUCAUUGUUGGAGGCUAUGGAGAGGAUGUUCAAUGAACAUCUUCCCGCGGCGGGUGGUCGAGGUCGACAUCAAGAAGAAUCUGGAGAUGAAAAUUCUGGUUUUGGUAAUGGCUUUCAUGACCGUUUCGGCAAUGAUCAUGGUGGUCGUGGUGGUGCACGGCGUGCUGAUUUUCGUGAUCAGCGUGGAGCAGGACAUGGACGUGAUCGUCAUGUGCAUUUUGAUGAUGAAAAUUCAGGUUUUGGGAAUGAGUUUCAUGAUGAUUUCAGAGGUCAUGGUGGUGGUAGGCGUGCUGGUCACAAUGAUCGGCGUGCUGGAGGAGAAUGCAGACAUGGUCGUCGUGUUCACUUUGAUGAUGAAGAUGAAAUUCAUAGUGAAUCUGAAAAUGGGGAAUAUGAUGAUAAUGACAACCCUUUUGCUGACCAUGGGCGUUUUGGACAACAUCGUGAUCACCGUCGAGGUGUUGGUCAUGAUGGAGGACAUUAUCGUGGUCGUCACAAUAGGGAUGAUCCGGAUAGCAUUGCUCGAGUCAAGUUGAGUGUCCCUAAAUUCAAUGGUAGAGAAGAUGCAGAUGCAUAUCUUGAGUGGGAAGAGCAAUGUGAUCAGAUUUUCAGAGUGCAUAAUCUCUCUACUCAGAUAUGUGUAAAUCUUGUUUCCGUUGAGUUCUCUGGUUAUGCUCUCACUUGGUGGAAUCAAAUUCAAGAAAAUAAGCUUGUGUUGGGACAUGAUCAUAUCAACACAUGGGAUGAGAUGAAAAGAGUGAUGAGAAGACGAUUUGUGCCAUCAAGCUAUUAUCGUGACCUUCGCAAUAGGUUACAAACAUUGAGACAAGGAUCAAAAUCUGUUGAUGAUUAUUUCAAGGAGAUGGAGUUGCUUUUGGUGAGAUCUGUAAUUAGAGAAGACGAAGAAUAAAAAAUGGUAAGAUUUUUGA